AGCUAUUUUAGAAAUUUUACCAUUAAGAAUGUUAUUUAUUUGUAUUGGAUGAAGACAAGAUACUGAGUUUUGCAGAAUAGACUUCCCCUUAAAUUUAUGAUAACAUAAAAGUUUGUCUUCUUUUGUCUCAAAUUGAAAAAACUUAGAAAAUCCACAAAAAUACUGUAUUGGUGUCUUCUGUAAUCCUUCGUCGGUCGCCAUGUUGACCAACACGCAAUUACUUUAUGUAAGUCAAUGAUUGGAGAAGAGCAGAGAUAGAAAUGGAAAAUGUCAAUGGAAUAGAAUCUCCUAUGAUAGUUGAUGGCUAUGACAAUGAAGGACGGUGGGAGGAUGUUAAGAUGUUGCUCGAAAGGAAUGGUCCAUUUGCUCAUCCAGAUUUUGAGCCUGGCACUGACGUCUUUGAUAUGAUGAGAGAUAUUAUAAAAAUACUUGUUAUUGGAGCUGGUGGUCUUGGCUGUGAAUUGCUCAAGGAUAUUGCACUGUGUGGUUUUCAAAAUAUUGAUGUUAUUGACAUGGAUACAAUUGAUCUUUCAAACCUCAACAGACAGUUUUUAUUCAGAUCCAAAGACAUUGGAAAACCAAAAGCAACUGUGGCUGCUGAGUUUAUAAAUGGUCGUAUUAGAGGCUGCAAUGUUACUCCACAUUUUUGUAAGAUACAAGAUAAAGAUGAAAAUUUCUAUCGAAGUUUUCACAUUAUUGUCUGUGGCUUGGACUCUGUUAUUGCUCGAAGAUGGAUCAAUGGAAUGCUGAUGAGUAUGCUAGACUAUGAUGAAGAUGGAAAUGUGGAUCAAACAACUAUAACACCAAUGGUGGACGGUGGCACUGAAGCAUUUAAGGGUAACGCUCGAGUCAUAAUUCCUGGUAUGACAGCUUGUAUUGAAUGCACACUGGAUUUGUUUCCACCACAGGUGAACUAUCCAAUGUGUACUUUAGCAUCAACCCCAAGAUUACCAGAACAUUGCAUUGAAUAUGUGAAAGUUCUUCAGUGGUCUGAAGAAAAGCCAUAUGGAGAUGUCAGUGUUGAUGGUGAUGACCCAGAACAUGUUCAAUGGAUAUAUAAACAAGCUUUGAAACGUUCUGAAGAAUACAAGAUAAAAGGUGUUACCUAUAGACUUACACAAGGUGUCAUCAAACAUAUAAUCCCCGCUGUUGCCUCAACUAAUGCAGUUAUUGCUGCUUCGUGUGCACUGGAAGUCUUUAAGUUGGCGACAAAUUGCUGUAAGCCUCUAGACAACUACAUGGUCUUUAAUGAUUCUGAUGGCUUGUAUACGUACACUUUUAAAGCGGAAAAGAAGGAUGAUUGUUCAGCUUGCGGACGUAUUCCUCAACGUCUGAAGUUUCAACACACUUCUAUCCUACAAGAGGUUGUGAAUCACCUUGUCCAAAAUCCUCAAUAUCAAAUGAAAGCACCUGGAAUAACUACUUCAAUAAAUGGUAAAAAUAAGACAUUAUACAUGCAGAGUGUAGCAUCAAUUGAAAGCAUGACAAGGCCAAAUCUUGACAAAACCCUUAAAGAACUAGGUAUAACUGAAGGUCAUGAGAUUGCUGUUGCAGACACAACAUCACCAAAACCAAUCAUAUUUCGAGUUUAUUUUGAGUGAAGUUCAAUAAUUAUACACAUAUAUAUGCAAAGUCAUAGUGGCAAAAAGGUGGCUACAGAAUCUUUAUUCUCUAUUUGUUCACUUUAUUUUGCCUUCAUGAAUGUAAAAAUUUACUAAUAUGUAUAUUAUUUUGUUACAAUAUGACAUGGAUCAGAAAAUGUUCC